AUGUCCCCCCACCACGGCGCAUGUCCCCCCACCACGGCGCAUGUGUCUCUCCCACCACGGGCGCAUGUGUCCCCACCACUCACCACGGUGCGCAUGUCCCCCCACCACGGUGGCGCAUGUCCCCCCACCACGGCGCAUGUCUCCCCCACCACGGCGCAUGUCCCCCACCAUCGGCGCAUGUGUCCCCACCACCACCACGGUGCAUGUGUCCCCCCACCACGGCGGCAUGUGUCCCCCCACCACGGGCGCAUGUCCCCUCCCCACCACGGGCGCAUGUGCCCCUCACCACGGCGCGCAUGUCCCCCCACCACGGCGCAUGUCCCCCCACCACGGCGCAUGUCCCCCCCCACCACGGCGCAUGUCCCCCCACCACGGGCGCAUGUCCCCCCACCACGGCGCAUGUCCCCCACCACGGCGCAUGUCCCCCACCACGCGCCGUGUGUCACCACACCACCACCACGGUGCAUGUGUCCCCCUCUACCACGGCGCAUGUGUCCCCCCACCACGGCGCAUGUCCCCUCCCCACCACGGCGCAUGUAUGUCGCUCCCCCCACCACGGCGUAUGGGUCCCCCACCACGCGCGCAUGUCCCCCCCACCACGGUGUAUGUCCUCCCCACCACGGCAUGUGGUCCCCCCACCACGGGGCGUAUGUCCCCACCACCUUACCCACCGGCGUAUGUCCCCCCCACGGUGCGUGUCCCCACCACGGCGCAGUGUCGUCCCCACCACGGCGCAUGUCCCCCCACCACGGCGUAUGUCGUCCCCCACCACGGCGCAUGUUCCCGCCCACUCCACCACGCCGCAUGUGUCCCCCCACCACGGCGUAUGUGUCCCCCACCACGGCGCAUGUCCCCCCCACCACGGCGCAUGUCCUCACCUCACCACGGGCGUAUGUCCCCCCCACCACGGCGCGUAUGGUCCCCCACCACGGCGCAUGUCCCCACCCACCACGGCGUAUGUCCCCACCCACCAGGUGUCUGUGCAGCAUGUCCCCCCACCACGGCGUAUGUCGUCCCCACCACGGCGUAUGUGUCCCCCCCACCACGGUGCAUGUCCCCCACCACGGCGCAUGUCCCCCCCCACCACGGCGCAUGUCCCCCUCCACCACGGCGCAUGUCCCCCCCACCACGGGCAUGUCCCCCCCACCACGGCGCAUGUCCCCCACCACGGUGCAUGUCCCCCCACCACGGCGCAUGUCCCCACCCACCACGGGGCGCAUGUCCCCACCUCCACCACGGGCGUAUGUCCCCCACCCGGCGCAUGUGUCCCCACCACCACCGCGCAUGUGUCCCCACCACGGCGCAUGUGUCCCCCACCACGGCGCAUGUCCCCCCACCACGGCGUCCCCCCCACCACGGCGUAUGUCGUCCCCCCACCACGGUGCAUGUCCCCCCCACCAGGCAUGUCCCCCCACCACGGCGUAUGUCGUCCCCCACCACGGCGCAUGUCCCCCCACCACGUGUGUCGUGGUCCCCCCACCACGGCGCAUGUCCCCCCACCACGGCGUAUGUGUCCCCCACUCAUGGCGCAUGUCCCCCCUACCACGGCGUAUGUGGUCCCCACCACGGCGUAUGUGGGUCCCCCACCCUGGUGCAUGUCUCCCCCCACGGCGCAUGUCCCCCCACCACGGCGUGUCGUCCCCCACCACGGCGUGUGUCCCCCACCAGUGCGCAUGUCCCCACCACGCAGCGUGUAUGUCCCCACCCACCACGGCGUAUGUGUCCCCCCACCACGGCGUAUGUCGUCCCCCCACCACGGCGUAUGUGUCCCCCCACCACGUGCAUGUCCCCACCCACCACGGCGUGUGUCCCCCCCCACGGCGCAUGUGUCCCCCACCGUGCGCAUGUGUCCUCCUCCACGGCGCAUGUGUCCCCCACCACGGCGUGUGUCCCCACCACGGCGCAUGUCCCCACCCACCACGGCGCAUGUCCCCACCCACCACGGCGCAUGUCCCCCCCACCCGGCGCAUGUCCCCCCACCACGGCGCAUGUCCCCCACCACCACGGCGCAUGUCCCCACCCCACGAGCGUAUGUCCCCACCCACCACGGUGCAUGUCCCCACCCACCACGGCGCAUGUCCCCACCCACCACGGCGCAUGUCCCCCACCACCACGGCGCAUGUCCCCACCCACCACGGCGCAUGUCCCCACCCACCACGGGUAUGUGUCCCCCCACCACGGCGUAUGUCGUCCCCCCACCGACGGUAUGUGGUCCCCCACCACCGGCGUAUGUCGUCCCACCACGACGGUAUGUCCCCACCCACCACGGCGCAUGUCCCCACCCACCACGGCGUAUGUCGUCCCCACCACGGCGUAUGUGUCCCCACCACCACCACGGCGCAUGUGUCCCCCUACCACGGCGUGUGUCCCCCCCACGGCGCAUGUCCCCCACCACGGCGCAUGUCCCCCCACCAGCGGAUGUGUCCCCCCCACCACGGGCGCAUGUCCCCCCCACCACGGUGUGUCCCCCCCACCACGGCGCAUGUCCCCACCCACCACGGCGCAUGUCCCCACCCACCACGGCGAUGUGCCCCACCCACCACGCGUAUGUCCCCACCCACCACGGCGCAUGUCCCCACCCCCACGGCGCAUGUCCCCACCCACCACGUGUGUGUCCCCACCACCACGGCGUAUGUCCCCACCCACCACGGCGCAUGUCCCCACCCACCACGGGGUGUAUGA